AUGGAACAUGCUGUGAUUGAUACAUUAUAUUUAGAAACCAAAUAUCAAUCUUCAUUAUUAUCUACUCCGGAAAAUAAAAUAAAAAAAGUUUCUUCCAGUUUAGGAUUAUCUCCUGCACUGGAAGUUUAUGAAACAUCAAGAUUUUUGACACCAUUAAGAAGGAAAGGUCAAAGGAAUUUAUUCUCUGAACCAUCAAUUAUAUCUCAAAAUAUUGAAAAUUCCGGUGAUACUCCUAUUGAAGCAUUAGUAUUUAGUGAGACUGAUAGAUGGUCAAUAAAUUCUCAACCAACAAUGACAAUGACUGGAGAAGCUACAACAUUACAAGAACAAGAAUGGUGUACAAUAACAAGAUGUAAUGAAAAUAAAUUUUCACAUUUUUAUCAAAUUAAACCUGAUAUUUCUAUUGAUUCAAUGGUAAUUAAGAAUGUUCCAACAAAAUCUACACAUAAUCUUAUUAGAUUACCAAAUAAAAUUAAAAGUGAUAACUAUAUUGAUUUAAUUGAUUUUAUGAUAAAUAAAAUGGAAUCUAAAAAAUGGGAUAUGUAUAUUAAAAAACAUUUUAAUAUUAAUGAUGAAAAUGAUGAUGAUGAUGGAAAAUAUAAUAUUAAAAAUUUUAGGUAUGAUGAUGAAGAUUCAGAUUUAGUAGAAAGUAUAAGUAAUGAAGAAAAUAUUGAUAAGGAUACUAAAUUACCUGGUGAUUCUUUCUCUUCUGAUUGUCAAGAUGAGGAAGAUAAUGAUGAAAAUUGCCAUAAUUUAAAAGAUAUUUAUAUAGAAGAAGAUGAUCAAACUUCAAUAAAAUUUAUGAAUAUUAUAAAAAAUGUUUCACAAGUUUUUUUAAAUAAUUAUAAAAAUAAAGAUGAAAUACCAGAAGAAUUAGAGUAUUUUAAAAACUUAGUUAUAUCACCUGAAAUAAUAUAUAAAAAUAAAUAUUUUAAAAAUGAAGAUAAACAUAAUGAAACAUUUUUUAUGGAUACUAAAAAAAUGAUUAUAGAAAAUUCAAAAAUAUGGUCACCAUUAAGAGGAAGAUUUAUUUUUAAAAUUCCAUCCUCUAACUAUAAUUUUUGGGAAACUUUAGCAAAACAAAAUUAUCGUUGUCCUGGUUGUGGUUUUUAUUUUUCUAAAAUUUAUGCUAAAAGAGCACAAUAUUGUAAUUAUUAUGAACUAUUAUUUUGUCAAUGUUGUUUUCAAGGAAUGCAAUUAUCUAUACCUGGAAAUAUUUUAAAUAAUUGGAAUUUUAAAUUACUUUCUGUUUCAGAUCAUGCAUUUAAUUUCUUAAUGAAAAAUAAGCAUCUUCCAGUAUUUGAUAUAAAGAUUAUCAAUGAAAAAUUAUAUAAUAAAGUUAAACGCCUACGACAGAUGAAAGAUUUGCGUUACCAAUUAAUUCAUUUAUGGGAGUACGUUAAAAUUUGUAGUAUAGCAAAAAAAGAAGAAUCACCAUAUGGGGAAUUAGAUACCGUAUUAAAAGAAAUACCGGAAAGAUUUUUAGAACCUAAUAUAGAUUUAUAUGCAUUAUCAGAUUUUGGAAAAAUUGCAUCAAAACAAUUAAUAUUAUAUUAUAGACCAAUUGUUUAUUUUAUAAGAAAACAUGUAGAAAAUUGUUUUCAUUGUCGUGAAAGAGCUUUUUUUUGUGAAUUUUGUAGAGAUAAUACAGAAUAUUUAUUUCCAUUUCAGGUUGAAAAAAUUGCUCGUUGUACCAAGUGUGGUGGAUUAUUUCAUUUAAAAUGUUAUGAAAAUAAACUAUUAAAUGAUGGUAUUUUUGAAUGUCCAAAAUGUAAAAGAAUUGAAAAUAGACAUGAGUUACUUGAAAAUUCUUAUAACUGUUCAUAA